UACCCACUCUACCCUUAUCCUAUCUUCUUCCUGUUGUCCCAAUCUUCACACUCUCUCUGUCUCUCUCUCUUCCUCCUACUCUCCCUAUUCUCUCUCUCUCUCUGCAAAAAUGGCCUCAACUCUCUCAACCCUAACCCUCCCUUUGCCCUCUCACCCUCCACCAUCCACCUCCUAUCCUACCCAACCAAACCAAACCCUAAAAUUCCCACUCCGACUCCAACCCACCUCCCGCCGCGCCACCUUCCUCCGCCCUAUCUCCGCCGUCGAAGCCCCCGAAAAAGUAGUCAAGCUCGGCGACGAAAUCUCCAGUUUAUCCCUCGCCGACGCCCAAAAACUCGUCGAAUACCUCCAGGACAAGCUCGGCGUCUCCGCCGCCGCCUUCGCCCCUGUCGCCGCAGCCGCCGCGGCUCCCGGUGCCGUUGCUGAUGCUCCGGCGGCCGCCGUAGAGAAGACGGAGUUCGAUGUCGUGAUUGAGGAUGUGCCGAGCAAUGCGCGGAUUGCUACGAUUAAGGCGGUUAGGGCUUUGACGAGCUUGGCAUUGAAGGAGGCGAAAGAAUUGAUUGAAGGAUUGCCGAAGAAAUUUAAGGAGGGAGUGUCGAAGGAGGAGGCGGAAGAGGCGAAGAAGCAGCUCGAAGCAGCUGGAGCUAAGGUCGGCAUUGCUUAGAAUCGAAAUUGAUCGAAUUGUGGUAAAUUCUCUUAGUUUUGUGUAUUUUUUUUUGGGAAAUGAAAGCAAUUUUUAGUCAGAUAUAGUUGUAUUAUGCUUUGAAUGGUAUUGAAUUGAAACCCAAAAGAAAUUGCUUUAUUUUCUCAAUUAUCUAUGUUUUCUAUGUACUACAUGUAUUGUUGCUCUUAUAGUGUUUGUUAAAUUGGCGGAAAGUUUACUCCACAAAUUGGGUACAUCUUGAAUUCA